UAAACUUUAACCUUGUUGUUUAAAUGCUGUAUAUUUUCGAAGCAGAAUAGUAUAUAAACAAAAGUAAAUCAACUCAUUUUAAUCAAAAUGUUCUACAAUUGCAUAGUGUUACUUCUGAUCAUUCUAUCUGUGCAGAAAUAUGCAUCGUCAUGGAAUAGUGUUUGCUUUCAUGAUAAGGACGAAGGUCCUUGUAAAGCCUUAGAUCUACGUUACUAUUACAACUGGAGUGCCGGUGUUUGCACUGAGUUUGAAUUCGGUGGAUGUAAUGGUAACGGAAAUAAUUUUCUAACAUUUGAAGAAUGCAAUAAAACCUGUGGAAGAAGCGGCACAUUUGAUAAAAGUGUCUGCAUUUUAAAGCCUGACCCAGGUACAUGCAGAGGAUAUUUCAGCCGUUACUUCUAUAACAAGGAGAAAAACGUAUGUGAACAAUUCAUAUAUGGUGGUUGUCUGGGGAAUGAAAACAAUUUUAAAACUAAGGAAGAAUGUGAUGCGAAAUGUGCAACAACCCUUGGUCGUUCACUGAAUGGAAUUACAAAAGCCGAAACCACUACUGAGGGUACCACUACAAGCACUACAACAAGCACAACAAAUACCAAAACUGAAGCACCUGAAUCCCCAGGAUGGCUAACUGGUGUAUUUCUUGGUGGUGUCAGAUUAAAACACGCAUUCAAUUCUUUGUGGCGUAGAAUCAAUGGGAAAUUCAGAUAAAUGUCUCAAUAUGUAAUUAGUAUAACACAAUAAUUGUAUAAAUACGUAUUCUAACAGAAAAAAAUAACACAUACUUGCUAACAUUCAUAAUGAUUUUAAUUUAAGAUUGCUUUAACCCACACAUGGGAAGUUAACAGAAUGCCUAGUGUAAUAUUUCUUGGCUUUAUCGAACAUUUCAAGAACUAACAUAUAAACAAGACCAAAGUGUGUAUUUUUCUUUCACAUUUCUUGUUCAAUCUAAUUUAUGAAAUUUUCCAUUAAAGAAUACUU